AUGGAAGCUGGCUCCAAAGAGAUCGAGCCCAUCUGCACACUCAAUUCAACAGUUUCGUUUACGAAGACCCUCUACUACCAGCUGAAAAAAAUAGAAAUACUACAGGGAUCGGUGUUCUUGACGGAAACCGGAGAGACGAUAGACAUACUCAUUCGACGAGGGGCAAAAAUUCGCUGCUUAACAGGCGACCGCAAGUCCAAAAUGAGCAAAGAAAUGCGGAGAAGAAGGAAAUCUGACGGGUGGACGACAAUCUACGAUUUCCCUAUCUUUACCGUGUAGAUUUGAUACGAAAUGAUCCCGCAGCACUGAGCAUGCGGAACAGCACGGUAAAAGCAGUUUCACUGGUCCGUCAGUGGUCACCUGCUCCUACACGAAGGACUCAGACUCUGGUUAGUAGCGCGGCAAAGAUGAAGAAGGACGGUUUGAUAG